CCGAUAUUGUAUGAAGCCAUGACAUCUUUCCCGCUGUUCGGUGCCAAGCAAUGACUCGCGAGAGCUUCAAGCUCCACCCGCGGUCCACAACUUUACUUCACCAACCUACUCAACAUGGUAGCUCGCCUUUCACAAAGAUAGCCCCCGAAUCUUCCACAUUGUAGUCGCCCUACUAGCGCACCGAGAGCUCCUCCCAACCGUCACAAUGGCGACCCCUACGCCGUCGACCAACACGCCGCAAAAGCACCUCGCAGCGCUCUCCUCCCCAGCUCCGCGCAGCGUCCCUCCAAUCAACUUCGACUCACCGGCGGUGCUCAACAUGCUCAGCGAAGGCGGGGUAGGAAUGGGCAUCAGCAUGAGCGGCUUGGGAAUGAGCCAGCUUGGGCUGAGCGCAAGCCAAAUGGGACGCGCGGACGAGGACGAACGCAGGCGGAGACUAGAAAGCAUAAUCACGAUGCUGAAAGGGAAGCCCGGGCGCGUGAGCGCGGAGAACAUUACCGCGCUUUGCGGGAAAGAGGGCAUCGUCGUGGACCACGAAGAGUCGACGGAUAAGAGCAACGUAACACUCACGCUGGUCAUUGGAAACGAAGCCAUGUGCGACAUUGCGAUAGCAAAGGGCAAUGUCAUGAGCGUCAAGCUUGAACUCGCGUCCGACGACGAUAUCUUCAAGGACUCCGUGUCCAGGAUUCUGUACAAGAGCCUCAAGCCGCCACCGGGAGUAAACAAGAUCAAUGUCACACUGGACCGCUUUGCGCAUAAUUUGGAGAAGCUGCUGCGAAUGGAUAAGCUAAGCGCGGAGAAUGGGGGUGUCCCAGUCUAUAAGGCGAUAUUUAAGGUUUAUAACAGCCUGAGGAAACUGUUUGAGCACGAGAAGAAGAUGACCCUGGCAAUAAUGGAUGCGAAUACGCCCAAUGCAGGAUACAAAGCCGAGAGGGAGGUACUAUGCAAGAAGAGCGGGCGCCCGCGAAUGAAUGCUGGAACUUGUCUGGGGCUGUCGCUAGAGUACUGGAUGGAUCGGCGGCACCUGAUACCCAAGAAACCGCGAGAAUCGGCAUCAAUCAAAGGGAAAGAGAAGAUGGACGUCGACUCCGAGGCCGCAGAUGAGUAUUCCGAGGAUAUAGACUCCGACACCAACAGAAUCUAUUCAUUAACAAUCGAAUGCGAGUCAUCUCCUUCAUCAAUGUACACACCCAUCAGAAUACCGGAUUCUUGGUUAUCCGAAGCCGUAGAGAAAGCGCCGGACGGCCCCGAUGCAGACAUCAACAACAUCCUACUCAACACCUCUCAAAUAGACUGGCUCGAUCCCAAGCCCACCUACCUCGAACCUGUAGCACCAGCAGGAGACCACGAUUCCAUGAACCUUGGCAACGCGCCGGGUCGGCUACCCAAUAUCAGAUUCGUAGCGCGGUUCAAUCCGCCCCUCGUGGUUCCGUGGACGGAAUAUGUGCGAAUCACACAGAAUGUGGGAGUGGAGUAUAAUCCGCAAGAUCUUCGCGCGACCACCUUCGUGGGUCUUGCAAUCCGACCGGGCGAUGUGGAUCCGGCGAUGAUGGGUACUGCGGGUGGCUAUACACCGGAAGUACGGAGCGAGAGGAAUGUUCUAGUCCUGGAUAAGGACGGGAAAGAGAGGCAGACGACGCACGCAAACUCGCUCUACGUGCCUAAGCUCGAGUACGCCAGGGCGCUAGAAUCCCUCCCGUUCUCGCAUCCGCGGCAACUAGUCGAGCUCUUGCCGACCCUGCGACAGUACGCCUUCACGACGUCUCUCCUACAACACACUUUCGUCUCCAAGGCCCCUCCACCAUCGCCAAAGCAAACCUCCCACGCCUCCCCUCUCUCCCCCCCUUUAACCCCCAAGGAAACCACCCCCGCCCGUCCACCCCUCCAACUCGACCUAACCCUCUCCUACACAGCCCCCUCCCCGCGCCUAACCCUCCAACUCCCGCACCCCUCCUCGUCCACCGCUCUCCCUACAGACCCUGCCGCCCUCCUCGCCUCGCUCCUCGCCACCACGACCACCACCUCAUCCCCCAUUACCAACCGCCCCGCGCUCAAAGUCACCCUCGACGUGCUGCCCAACGCCGACCUCUACAUCACCGAGCAGAACGUCGUUCCUCCGCACGCGGACCAAGGCAGGGACGCAGACGUAGAUAUGGACCGUGCGCACGAGGCGGACGAGCUGGUCAAGCAGCUGGCGAGGGCGCUGGAUGUCUGUGCGGAUUUGGGCGUUUGGGGCGAGUGGUUGAGGCGCGAGGUUGUGCGUCGUGAUGGUGGUGGUGGUAGUGCUGGUAGAUAAAAGCUGAGAGUCCGCGAGUUUUAGAAUUCCAGCUUGUUUGCUUGCGGAUUUGCGAAUUUGCCCGCGCUUAAGAGUUGCGUUUUGAUUUUGGGUGUGGGUACGAAUGAGUACACUACACUGCCUACCUACGCUAUCUACACUACCAUGCCGUCCCA